UCAUGCUGAAGGAGUUAGUUGCUGCUGGGCUGGCACUCAAUGACUCGAUAAGGGACGAUGGCCAAGCAUCAUCUCAGCUGCUCUUGCUGUUGGUGCGCCGCGAGCAGCCAGUACGUGAGAGCAAGCGAGCUGGGACGCGUGAGUGUUUGCUGGAGUAG